AUGGCCCCACUGGCUCAGACACUGGCACUGCUGGCAAUGGCCAUGGACACCAUGGCUGUCGACGUGAUUCCCCUGGACAUGGCCCCGGACUCCUUCGAUGACCAGUACCGGGGCUGUGGCCCUGCCAUGAAGGCGGCAUUGCCGGCCCUCAACCGCUCUGAUUUCCAGCAGAACGAGGAGUUUGCUGAGGUUUGGGUGAAGGCUGCAGCCAAGGUGCAGGGUCAGGGCCUCCCUGAGUCCCCUCUGUCUGCAGAGCAGGCCACUGCCAUCAUGGCCUUCACAAUGACUGACCCCAGGACAUUCAAUGAGGCCGUGCAUGUGGUUGGGCGCUCCAGGCAGGAAUACCGGGACAACUUCCACUUCAAAACACUGCAUUUCCUGCUGACCGAUGCCCUGGCCACACUGAGGGACACUCAGAAAGGGCAGUGUCGGGACACGUUCCUGAAGGUGUGUGACACCCGGUUUGAGACACAGCCUGGUGAAACCAUCCGGUUUGGUCAUUUCACGCCGGUGUUCCCGAGCAAACAAAUUGGCGAGUGUCCCGGUGAGACAAUGCUCGAGCUGCGCACAUGCUAUGGCGUGGAAAUCCAGUUUUUCAGCGAACAUCCAGAACCUGAGAUCGUGCUGAUCCCACCCUUUGAGACCUUCAAUGUCACCCAAUACACCCUGAAAGGGGACAAGACACAGAUCCAGCUCCAGUCUACCGGGACCUACAGCAAAUACAACUGCGAGUGGCUGCGAGGUGGGAGCAUCCCCAGGGCCUCCUCUCACCUCAGAGGGCUCCUCCUGGCCACUGCAGCCCUGGUAGUGGCCACCAGGAUUUUCUGA